GCGCGGAGCAAGGCGCGCGCGCAGCCACUGUGAGCGCGCUUAAACAGCGGCGACCCUAGUGAACCUAGGCAGGCCUCGCAAUAGCACGUCGCCUGUACCUCGUCCGCCCCAGCCUCUAGGCCCUCAGGACUACCGGCCCACCCACCAAGCUCUCAGGCCCACCCGGCCCAGUGCCCCCGGCCCGCCUACUGCUCCGGACCAGCCCGUUCCCCACAGCCGCGAGCCGCCAUGGGGGUGGAGGGCUGCACCAAGUGCAUCAAGUACUUGCUCUUCGUCUUCAAUUUCGUCUUCUGGCUGGCCGGAGGCGUGAUCUUGGGUGUGGCCCUGUGGCUGCGCCAUGACCCGCAGACCACCAGCCUGCUCUACCUGGAGCUGGGAAACAAGCCGGCACCCAACACCUUCUAUGUGGGCAUCUACAUCCUCAUUGCUGUGGGAGCUGUGAUGAUGUUUGUCGGCUUUCUUGGCUGUUACGGGGCCAUCCAGGAGUCCCAGUGCCUAUUGGGGACGUUCUUCACCUGCCUCGUGAUCCUCUUUGCCUGUGAAGUGGCCGCUGGCAUCUGGGGCUUCGUCAACAAGGACCAGAUUGCCAAGGACGUGAAGCAGUUCUACGACCAGGCUUUGCAGCAGGCUGUGGUAGAUGACGAUGCUAACAACGCCAAGGCUGUGGUGAAGACUUUCCAUGAGACGCUCAACUGCUGUGGCUCCAACACAUUGAUUGCGCUGUCCAAUUCGGUGCUGAGGAACAACCUGUGUCCAUCGGGCACCGCCUUCAUAAAUACCUUAUGGAAGGAUGACUGCCACAAGAAGAUCGACGAACUCUUCUCCGGGAAGCUGUACCUCAUUGGCAUCGCAGCCAUAGUGGUUGCUGUCAUCAUGAUCUUUGAGAUGAUCCUGAGCAUGGUGCUGUGCUGUGGUAUCCGGAACAGCUCUGUGUACUGAGACCCUGCAGUUCCAGCUGCUGGGACCCCUGCAGUGCCCCCAGAGUGACCCGGAGGCUGCUGCGGGCAUUGCUGCCUGUGUAUAUAAUGUUUCCGGUAUUACUCUGCUACACUUAGCCUUUUUACUUUUGAGGUUUUGUUUUCAUUCUGAACUUUCCUAUUACUUUUUGGGGCUGGCGUCACUUGUAGGUGGCGUGUGUGGGGGUGGAGCUGGCCUAGACCUUGAGGUGGCUCUGGGCACCCUGGAGAGUUCUGCCUGCUGAGCCAGGCAACUCCCAGAGACCACUUGCCCAGAUGCUCAGCAUGGCCAAGCUGGGUGGGGCUAUCUGCCUACCCCUGGCCCAUUCUGUGGGCUGCAUGGCUCACCUUUUUAAUCCUUGUUUCUCUCCUGCCCCCAUUUCAAGAACUGGGUCUGUGAGCACUCUUAUGCCUUCAAUGCACCUGUCCUUUCUAACAUGUCACCAUCAACUUAAUUACAUCUUGAAACAGACAUUUAAUAAAGAAGGAAAAUCAGGCAUGCUAACAA